AUGCGCUCCCAGCGCCUCGCAGUGAUUUUAGUACUCCUCGGGUUUCUUCAGCACGCUGCGGCGAUCGUGCCUGAUGUGUUCGCGUACUUCCUGGCGAACGAAUGCGCACGUGUCCCUAACCGAGUCGACCUCGAAUAUGGCAAGGAAUGCAACAAUGGAUGUGAGACGCGUAGCGAUGUUGCCUGGAAAUCGGUUUCUCACUCUUGCAGUGCUGAUAAUUAUGAGGAAAUCUUGUGGAACGUAUUUGACGGUUCUUCUUUUUUGGUUCAAGAAGCCUACACCAAUGACUGCGAAACUAGACUUGAAGCCACGUCUCUUCUCGCCUCAGGCUCCUGUGAGCAAGUUACCAUGUACGUCGAAGAAUGGGGGUAUGCUCUAUACGCUAUUAUCGAUGCUAGUGAAAUGACUUCAGUGCAAUAUUUCACUGAUGAAUAUUGCGAUUCACCCCUUGGCGAAACUGUUCCCCUGACGAAACUUAUCAGCGCUCAAAACACAACAAUCAAUCCAGCAAUUCUCAAUACGAAUAAGUGCGAUGAGAACAUGUAUCGAUGGAAGUACUGCAGCCGAACUUCACCUUGCAACUCUGUGAAUUAUGUUUCCGGCAUAUCAAGUGACGUCGGUAGCAACUCCAAUACAACCAGCAGCGCCGGCAGCGCGAAUCCUAUAGCCACAGAUGAUCCUGACAAGAAGAUCCUGCCAGCAGAAUCUUCUGCGUCAAGCAACAACGUGGGUCUGAUCGUGGGAAUAGCAGGAGGAGUCUUAGCGGUGAUUCUUCUGGUUCUCGCCGUUCUGUGUUACCGUCGACGAUUAAACAGACUCGCCGGAGGAGUCUUUGCUGUGCUACUUGCGGUUCUCGCCUUUGUGCUUUAUACAAUCGCAGGAGGCAUCUUUGUGGCGAUACUUGUGGUUUUCACCUUUGUGUACUACCAUCGACGAUCAAGGAGUCUCGACAAUACUGACCACGAUACCAGUCAGAAUGAAUAUCUGGAUCAGUAUACACCGGCAGCGGAUCAGCAACAAACUCCUAUCCUCGAAUCGAGGUCCAUUAACGAACCGCAAGGUCAAUUUGGUCUAUGGAAUGACGAUAUUAUCACGGCGAAAAGAAUUUCUCGUCGAGAUGUACAAAUCCAGAAUCUACUGAGUCGUGGGGCAUUUGGAGAAGUGUAUACAGGUGUCUUUAACAACAAGCGGGUUGCCGUGAAGAUGUUAUCUCCUGAUAUACGAGGAAAUAUGAGCCAUGUAAACAACUUCCUGGCUGAGGCAAAGAUGACUGCCAGUAUGGAUCACCCUCACAUUGUACACUUUAUUGGAGUUGCUUGGGACUCUCUCUCUGACUUGUUCGUCGUCAUGGAGUAUAUGGAAGGUGGAGAUCUCCGAACUCUACUCACCGAGUUCGAGACAGCCAACCGCCCUACUGGAAUCGACCGAGAGAAAGCUACAAUCGCUUUUCACGUGUGCCAUGCUCUUGCAUACAUCCACUCGCUUUCGCCUCCAGUCAUCCAUCGAGACUUAAAAUCUCGCAAUAUUCUGCUGAAUCACGCGAUGGAAGCUAAGUUGAGCGACUUUGGGAUUUCUAGAGAACGCUUAAACCAAACCAUGACAGCUGGGGUUGGGACGUCGUUGUGGAUGGCACCGGAAGUGAUGUUGGGGAAAAAAUACGACGAUAAGGCGGAUAUGUUCUCGUUUGGUGUGGUGUUGUCUGAAUUAGAUUUGCACACACUUCCGUAUACUCAAGCGGAAGAAAAAAACCGUGACUUAAAUGGUAGAAAACUCCCGGAAGCAGCCAUUCUGCACCAAGUCGUCAUGGGGACUUUGAGCGUAGAUUUUUCGGAGGGUCCGUUGUCGAUUGCUGAACUCGGAAGAGCCUGUGUGUCGGUGGAUUCAACUUUACGCCCGACAGCAGCGGAAGCACUGUACAAACUGCAGAUUGCACUAGCACAAGCAGGUUAUUAA